AUUGUAAGUCUCAGAAGUCAGAGCAAAUUAUUGCUCCGAGUUGUAAGUUGUAUUGUAUUUGAAGUUUCGCCUGUCGCGGUGAUUUGUAAAAAGUUGAAUUAUGAAUUCCGAAUAGAUGUUAAAAGAGCUUCCUCUUGAGCACAGAGCAAAUUCCAUGUCUUACCACAUAAUAUACCACCAACCAAAAUACAGUUUGCUAGUAAUGUUUUGGCUGUAGUCUUAAGAUUUAUACAAAAGUUAUAAUGUAUUUAUAAAACGCUAUGCUGAAAUUUACUCACAGUUUUUGCAGAUAUACACGUCUGACAUUUGAAAAUUUACAUUACAACAGAACACAUGCCAAAAAGUUAUCACAUUUGACUUCUAGAGGAAAGACAUGUGUUGUGUGGAACUAUCAGCCUUUAUUAAAUUCUUGUAUCACUGCGGGUGUGGGGGGUAGAUUCUUUGCUAGACUAAAAAAUAAUCAUCAAAUAAUUAAAUCUAAGACCAAUCCUAGUGCUUCCAAGAUGGACAAGCCAUUUAGUGACCAAUUGCAUCCAACUUUACAUCAUGCUACUAGUGGAGGACAAUUCGAAAUAGAUGAAGUUGAGACAUAUCCUCACAACUGGGAUGGAAUGGCCUCCAGCUCCGAGGACGACAGCUCUAAUCCCCAUACUGGUAUACUGCCUCCAGACUUCCGGGUUUGGGAACUUGUUGACACUUGGUGUGGAAGUUUAACAAAAGCAAAUACUCUUAAAUUUAGAGUUGUAUCCUACAACGUGCUUGCCCAGUAUUUGUUGCAAAGUCAUCCCUAUUUAUAUGAGAAUUGCAAACCUGAAAAUUUAAUUUGGAAUGUACGAGCUGGCAAGCUGUUUGAUGAAAUCAUGCACUUAGCACCUGAUAUUUUAUGCCUCCAAGAAGUACAAGCAUCACACCUCAAUGAUUUCGAGGGAAUCUUCGAAAAGUUGGGAUAUGAUGGUCUUUUCAAACAGAAAACCCGUCACCGCGAUGAUGGAUGCGCCAUAUACAUCAAGAAAUCACAGUUCGAAAUUCUAGAGAACAACACAGUGGAAUAUUUCCAGCCUGGUCUUCCAGUGUUAAACCGCGACAACGUCGGUCUGAUGGUGAAGCUGUUGCCACGUUGCCCUAAUGCAACUCCUAUUGUAGUGGCAACGACCCAUUUGCUUUACAAUCCCAAACGUACUGGUAUUCGACUGGCUCAGAUGCAAGUGCUGUUGGCCGAGAUCGAUCGCUUCGCUUACUUCGAUAAUGGAAAGGAAUCUGGUUAUCUGCCUAUCAUAUUGACGGGCGAUCUUAACUCUAAACCAGACAGCGCCGUAAUACAACUGCUCAGUAAAGGCCAUGUCAGAGCGUCAAUGUUUCGUGAUAUUCGCUCCGACUGGCGGGCGAUCGGCGUGACGGACAAUUGUCAACAUAUCUCCGUGUAUUUGAAACGAGAGCUCGGCUUGCCGUCCAGUGAUUUCUCUAUGACUGCGCUAUACAACUCAGAUUACUCAAUGACAUUGCCCGACGGGAGAAGGCAGGUCGAAGUAUGGAAUCACAGGGAGCUGUUCAAUAGCAAUGACCUAGCACACCCGCUCACCUUUACUUCUGUGUACGACUCGGUGAAGUCGGGAGGAGUGCACGAAGUGACCACCUACCAGGAUGAGUGGGUCACCGUUGAUUAUAUAUUCUACAGCAAACACAGUUCGCUACAGUUAAUUGAACGCCUCCGCUUGCCGACAGUCAACGAAUGUGAUUGUCUCGGGAGUCUGCCGAAUGACAUUUAUGGAUCCGACCAUCUCGCUGUUGCAGCAACCUUUGCUUACACACCUAAAGAACCGCGUGUAUAACAUAGCAGCAAUCUUCUUCCGUAUUACGAAGUAUGCGUACCCCUUGUUUCUCUAUUCAGUUACUUUAUUACGAUGUGUAACCCUUCUUUCACUUUACGGUAUCUGUAUUACGAUGCGUAACCCCUAUUUCACUUCACGGUAUCUUUACUACAAUGCGUAACCCUUGUUUCACUUAACGGUAAUUGCAUUACGGUGCGUAACCCUUUUUUUACUUAACUGUAUCUGUUUUACGAUGCGUAACCCUUCUUCCACUUAACGGUAUCUUUAUUACAAUGCGUAACCCUUGUUUUACUUAACGGUAUCUGUUUUACGAUUUGUAACCCUUGUUUUACUUAACGGUAUCUGUUUUACGAUGCGUAACCCUUGUUUCUCUUUAUGUUAUCUGUAUUACGAUGCGUACCCUUGUUUCUUUUUACGGCAUCUGUUUUAAAUUGCGUAAGCCUUGUUUCACUUAACGGUUAUUGCAUUAAGAUGCGUAACCCUUUUUUUACUUAACGGUAUCUUUAUUACAAUGCGUAACCCUUGUUUUACUUAACGGUAUCUGUUUUACGAUGUGUAACCCUUGUUUUACUUAACGGUAUCUGUUUUACGAUGCGUAACCCUUGUUUCUCUUUAUGUUAUCUGUAUUACGAUGUUUCUUUUUACGGUAUCUGUUUUAUUUUGCGUAACCCUUGUUUUCAUCUAUGGUAACUGAAUUACGUUGCGUAACCCUUGUUUCUCUUUACGGUAUCUGUUUUACAUUGCGUAACCCUUGUUUUCAUCUAUGGUAACUGUAUUAUGUUGCGUAACCCUUGUUUCUCUUUACGGUAUCUGUUUUACAUUGCGUAACCCUUGUUUUCAUCUAUGGUAUCUGUAUUACGUUGCGUAACCCUUGUUUCUCUUUACGGUAUCUGUUUUACAUUGCGUAGCCCUUGUUUUCAUCUAUGGUAACUGUAUUACGUUGCGUAACCCUUGUUUCUGUUUACGGUAUCUGUUUUACAUUGCGUAACCCUUGUUUUCAUCUAUGGUAUCUUUAUUACGUUGCGUAACCCUUGUUUCUCUUUAUGGUAUCUGUAUUACGAUGCGUAACCCUUGUAUUUCUUAUCAGUAUCUGCUAUGAUCUGAUUAACAAAAAUAUAAGACAAAUUCAAGGCGGAAGGAGGAAAUGAAAUAACUUCUUCCGUUUUUAAAUUUCAUUUAUAUUAACAUAUAAGAAACGGGAGGCGUCAAUAUGAAAUUAUUUCUAAA